UCCACUAUUAUUUUGUAAAUUAGGAGUUAUUCCUGUAAAAGUGUUAAUUAUAUCAUUUUCGUAGACGCUGUGGAUAAAAAUUGAUCACAAAAAAAAUGCAAGAACCAUACCAGUACAUGUUAUUGCUGAGGUUAUGGGCACAGAGUUAUGUUUCGUUAUGCCAGCUAUGGAAAAUUUAAUAGGCUCAAAUCUGACAAGUGUCAUUGGAUCAUUAAAUGCGGGAUUAAAAGCAUCUCCCACCAAUUAUUUACAAACCUUUGGCAGUGCAAUGAGUGCGGCUGCCAUUGAGUCAAAUAUAACUGCCGCAGAAAAAUAUUUAAUAAAUGUUUGGAAAAAGAAUACCCACUGUCAAACUUUUGAUGAACAGCGGUAUUGGAGUUAUCAUCAUAGUAACACCAUGAACGUCAAUGAAUUGCCACCUACAAGUGCUUCCAUGAGACUGCACAUCUUACGUGCGAUGUAUAUAACAUACAUUCAAACACAUUUCAUGGAUCAACACGAAAAUCUAGAUCCUAAUUUAUUCGGAUACACUCAAGGUGAUGACAAUUGUACGCCUCAAAAAAUACAUACAAUUAUACCUCCAGUCGAUGAUUUGCCACCGAAUUGCACGU